CCCUGCACCGCCAUGCAAUUGCUGCUGCUCGCCGCGUCUUCUUCCCCUUCAAGUGAAUCGGCGGUUGGUUGGAGUCCAAAUUUCUUCCGUCUUCUGCUUUCUCGGAGACAGAGAUGACGAGGGUGUCGUUUUCAGGACUGACGAAAUCCCUGCCCUUCUCCGGUUUCUUCAGGCAGAUAGAGCAAGAAAUGGAGACUGUGGUCAGGGUUCUUCAGCCCGGUCCUUUAGGAAUAGUAGAACACAAGUUUUCUGCAGAUGAAAUAGACGAGGCCAAUGCAACAGUUCGACAAGCCGUGCAGAAUUGGAGGAGAAAUGCGAGUGCAGAGAAGAGGAACAAUCCCAGCUUAAGAGAAUACAUCAGUUAGGGAUGAAAGUAAGUUUUGCAAUGUUGCUAGUUGGAGCUCUGGUGUCUGAUGGGAGUGACUUGCACAGAAUCCCAGCUUGUUGACAUUCAUCGAUAAUCAAAAUUUUUGUUAUUGCUUGGUAAGCGAACAAAUUGCGUAUCUCUAUUUACAGU